UCUCUAAUCUCAAAAAGUAAUAGAUUUUAAAGAUUUCGCAGAUCUUGAACGGGAACUACGUAUUUAAUGCAUAAUUAAAUGCUCCUAAACUCUUGGCAGCAAUUUACAUAUUUGAAAUUUCUGUUUCCCUAAUUAUUUCGCAGAAAAAUUUCAAUUGUUAAGAAACACGCACAAUUGCAUUUUCGGGGAGUCUGGCAAUUCAAUCGUAAGUGCAGCCGGGUGCCGGCAGAAGCGCUAGCAGUGACAAAACUUACCGAACUUUUAGUAGUAAACAAACCGGAUAGAAAGCAAAUUUUUUAAUUCUGGACAAUUUGCAAUAGGCUAGCUUACAAAAAUGGCCUUUUAUAAUGAAAAUCUAGGCGUAAGUAACAUAAAAUCGUAUAAUGGAGUUGUUUAACUAUCCAAUACCGGAUCGCUGUUUGGAACUAACACAAUUGUUUGAGCGAUGCAGCCUGCGUGAGUUACAGGACAUAUUCCCGACAAUUGUACAGUCAGUGUUUGGCAUAGGUAGUGGUGGUCUUGGCUGGGGUCUGCGUGCGACCACAAAAGAGAAUUCACAAAUGUGUUUCGACAUACUGCAUGAUUUUUUUUCGCCGAUGGGAUCUAUGUUACGGUUAUGUUAUCGACUGCUAAACGAUGCUAUUAAGUUUGAAUUCAGUCUGGAUUUACUGCCGCACAAAGUCAGCGAGAUGAUACAGUCUGGUCAGUAUUCGCUUUUCUACGCCGACCUUGUGAACAUUGAUCCUUUUCGACGCCAAGUGACAUCGCUUCUCCUGAACGCUUUCGAUUAUUAUAUGCUUCAUUUUGUUAUACAUGCCACAUUUCCACUGCAUAAAAUGUAUCCAGCGGCAUUGCAAGUGCACAAUGAACGCAUGAAAACUGUGUACUUCUUUUUAACAGCAGAAUACCUUGGCACUUUUUUGCCGGACAACCCAGAUGCGAUCGUUUAUCCGACCAAUAUUUGUACGUCGGUAAAGGCACCUCAACCGCUGCAACCAGUACAACCGCUGCAGCCGCAACGUUCGCCAAAAUAUUUGAAAAUACCAACAAAUACUAGUUUGUUUCAGACAGACGCCCCAUCAACGUCUGCGGCAGCUGCAGCGGCUGUACAGGCCGCACGGAGCUGUGAGUCGCCGCGAACGCAUUGCUGGCGUACCGAAUCAGUGCUACACUUCUUCGUCGAUACAUGGCUGCGCUACGACAUCGAUGAGGCGAGGGACCUACCAAGCAGCGAGUUUAUACGCGUUGUGCGCAUACUUGUCAAGCAAGUGCACACAUUCGCUAAUUCGAUGCACAUGGAUCAUACUCCGAUGGCGAUACUUCGCAAGCUGGCUCAUCCAAUGAUGAAAACUCGCAUAUAUCCUUUCUUAAAAAGCAUUAUAGGUCGCUGGCCGCUAGACAGUUCAUUGUCAGUGGUUCUAGAAUUAUGGCUGAGCUAUAUUCAACCUUGGCGUUAUAUGUUCGAUUUACAAAAUACAAACCUCUAUGGUGGUGGCAAUUUUAACGCAGUGCCUAGUGCUAGUGGUAUGAUGCCUAGCUCCACUGGAAGUGAAACGUCCGUGAGUCAACGUUUCAGUACAUUUAUAGCCGAGAAUUUGGUAAUAUACACGCAGGUCUUUGUAUAUAUAUUACCACGCUUUGAGCGACUAGAUUUCACAUCGUUCAGAAAUGUUAUUAUGCUGCACAGAUUGGUAAAGGUUUUUAACCAGCCUAAUCUGCCAACAAUGUUAUGCCAAGCAGAGCAAGCUUACAUUUGCCAACUUGGUAUUGACUCGCCCAGAAAACAUUCAGUUUACUCCAGGCACGGCAAAAGUGAAUGGGAUGGUAUGUUUCAUGAAGAAAGCUAUACGCCACUUUUUGGUUCAGCUGUGAAAUGUGAAAUCGAACAAGUAAUCAAAACAGUUUGCAUAUCACGUUUAUAUGUGCUACAGGAAAUCGAUAGCAUACGACAUGAUAUUGUGAAACAACGUAAGUCGCAUGGCUUUUUGCGUAAAAUGUUUGCCAGCCUCUUUGAGGACGUCUCACCGGCGGAAUUGAAAUUACAAGAGAUUGGUAAAAUACCAGAUAUACUCGAUUUAGCUGUGCGUUCAUUAGCCAAUAUGUUUGAUGUACGUUUGCCGGAAAUAACAAUGGAACAAGUACACGAUCGCAGCAGUCCGCCACUAAAUUUUUCUGCAUAUGAUAGUAGUGAUUAUUUGGAUAUUGCAAAAGUAACACCAAUGCAGAUGCAAAGUAAUAUAGCGAAUUUAUCAGCGACAAUCGAUCCCGCCACAUUACCUAUACAGGAUUAUGAAGUGAAAUUUUUAGUACGUUUUUUGCACAAAAUUUCUUGUCGCUUAAAUGAAAUGUUUGGUGAAGAAAUCGAAACUUUGUGGUGUCGUCCAGAUUUUGUGGGUAAAUUAGCACGUCAAUUACUCUACCCGCCCAUGACGCAGCAAUGGUUUGACAAAUCAAGAGGUGUCAGUGAAUUGUGUGAGGAACGUCUACCCGCCCGUAUCUGCUUGCGUCCGUUGGCUUCUUACAAAGUUCUGGGACUUAUCAUAUUGUCCAUGCUUCUCGGCUACUCACUGUGGCAUGCGCCUAUUUACGGACUACUCAUUUUUAUACUAAUAUUUCUUUUAUAUAUAACUUUACUAGCUUUAUGUGUGUAAUUUGUAUAUUAUGUAGCUAUAUAUAAUUUUAUUAUUGUCCUUAUUCUCCUUUAUAUUUGAAAAAUUUAUUAACACUUUGUGUGUGUUUAAAAUCUAAAGUGAGUGCAAAGAAUAUUAUAUCGUCGUUUAAAGUACGAAACCGCGUAUCGUCAUUCUGCAAAACCACGUAACUGACAUUUGCUGCAAAAAUUGGAUUUGCUCACACAAGCUCUUGGCUCAAUCCUUAUGCACUCGUCCUAAAAUAUACUUGCCAUUAAUGCGAUUAAUUUAAAAAAAAAGAUAAUCAUUUUGAAAUAUGAGGGUUUUUACUAUCUAGAAAAUAAUUUAUACAACCUCACAUACGCGGUUUCGCAUUAUCGUGAUACGCUGUUUUUGCAUUUUGUUGAUACGCAGUUUUGUACUUUAAACGACGAUGUACAGUAUUGGUCAUAUCUAUUGCACCACCCCCGCUUUUCAAAGGGAUAUUGCUUGCCACAUAUGUUUAAUAAUUUAUUUUUUAAAUUUUCAACUAAAAUACAGUUUAUUCUCCAAA